AUGUAUUUUACGUCCGCCGCAUCCAAAGACGCGCGUGUUCCGGAACGUUCCGGAAAGCACGGCGACGGACACUGGGGAAAUAAAUUCCGCGAAACGACGCGAUCAGAAAGUACAGUGCAAUCACAAAAAUCAGGAAUCCAGAACGUGACUGGUCUUCCGGACGUGCCGACGACGUCAAUAACGCCGAAUAAGGAAAACCAUAUUACAGAACGCGACUGCGAAUGCCCGUCCCGGUACCCUAGUAAAUUAUCAUCCGUUUUCCGGAAACCUUCGCCGUUUCGAUUAUACUUUGCUCUACUCUGCGGUUUUGUCUUCUGGAUAUCUAACGAUCCGGCCAAUAAUAGUUUUCCGAAAGUUGAAUACGGCUCGUCGCACGGUCAGACCCGCUCGCGAUUAUACAUAGUUGCUGCCAUCGCCCAGUACGGAAUAUCAUAA